GUUAUCAUCAUUUAGUUUGAGAGUGAAAUAUUUUGUAGUUUAAAAGACAAUGUAUAAUAUAGCAGUAAUAGGCUGUGGUGUUAUAGGUGUGACUACAGCAUUAGAAAUUCAGAAAAAAUAUGGCGGAAUAGCCAAAGUUACAAUAGUUGCAGAUAAAUUCAGUCCAAAGACAACGAGUGAUAUUGCUGCGGGACUUUGGGAGCCGUAUUUAUUAGCUGAAAAUGAUGAGGAAGAUGUUAUUCGAUGGUCUAAGGCGACUUUUGAUUUUAUAUUGAAGCUAUGGAAAGAAGGCAAAGCCAAAGAUGCAGGAAUUUGCCUGCAGCCAGCAGUAAAUUUAUUCAAUUGCAAAAAUUAUAAUACGCCAAAAUGGGUCAGUGUUACCCUUGGAUACAACGAACUCGGAGUACGUCACUUAGAAAGUUUGAGCAAACAGUAUAACCAAAGUUUUACUGGAGGAUUUAUGUUUAUGGGAUUUACUUGGGAACCGAUUUUAUUUUUACCCCAUUUACAGAAACAGUUUCUCCGAAAUGGCGGGACAAUAAUAGAAAAGCACGUUCAAAGAUUUAACGAAUUGGAAGAUUUCGACGUAAUUGUAAAUUGCACUGGACUUGAGGCCAGAAAUUUAUCAUGUGACAGGUCAAUUGUUCCCAUCAGGGGCCAAGUUAUACGGGUUUAUGCGCCCUGGCAGUACAUUACUUAUCUAAUUCAAUGCGACGAUGAUGAGGACGCUUGCUAUGUCAUUCCGAAUAGAGAUUCGGUAAUCCUAGGAGGAACCAAACAACAGAGCUUUGAUACCACCAUUAACAAGAAUGACACCGAUAGAAUUCUAAAAAAUACUUCAAAAAUAAACUACGCUCUAGCUAAAUGCAAAAAAAUUAGUGAAGUUGUUGGGCUCCGACCUUCCAGAUAUAGAGUGCGAUUGGAAGAUGAGUAUAUUGAGACAAACAGCGGAAAAAUUUUAGGAAUCGUACAUAACUAUGGGCAUGGAGGUGCCGGGAUAACACUUGCGAUUGGAUGUGCAAAAGAUGCAAGUAAUUUGGUUGAAAAUGUCUUGAAAAUUAAAUAUUCGAAACUAUAACUUUCAUAAAUGUUGACAAAAUAUUUAAUAGAAUAAACUUACGGUUUAAUUUGACACAUAUUUGCUUCAUCUGAUUUUCCUAAGCCCUCCCAACACAAAUCAUUAUUUCUAUCGUUAAAAACGUCACCAAAAACACACACCGUAUACAAAAAUAAUGCGUAAACCGGACAUAAGAUUAACAACUUCAUAAUUUAAAGCCAGAAAGUGUUAUUUAUAUUUCGUAAAAAGUUGAUAAAUAUGAAACAAAAUAACACAAAACUAAAUUUCAA